AUGGCCGAUGGGAAACAAGCAUCAUGGUCAGAUGCCGAUGAAGCGCAGCUGCAACGGUUGAUGGCUUUGAAGAAGGCGGCUGGCAAGGCAAAGACCGUGCCGAUCUUGCCGGCGCAGGCAGGUGGCACCAUGAGUGAUGGGUCCAAGCGCCGCUUGGAAGCUAUGACAGAGGAAGAGGAUUUCGCGUUGGUCGAUGGUCAUGGGCCUUACGGACAUGGGAACUGGUUGACUUGGGAGUUUGAGGAGAGCCAGAAUGUCGAAGACAAG